ACCCGGUUGGAUUCAGCCCAAAGUUCAUUCACUGGAUUUGGGGUUCCCUAAGCACACCAUUAUUUUAUUAUGAAUGAGUGGCAAUAGCAGCAACAACAACAAUAUAAGUAAAAGAAUCUCUGUGUUGUCAUCACACUUCGCUAGAUCCAGCCCCAUCAUGGCUUCAGAGAAGCAAGCGGCUCUUGCCGUCACUCCCUCUGAUGCUGAUGCUCCUACCAUAUUUGACAAGAUCAUCAAUAAGGAGAUUCCUUCUACUGUGGUUUAUGAGGAUGACAAGGUGCUUGCCUUCAGGGACAUAACUCCUCAAGCUCCUACACAUAUUCUUAUCAUUCCUAAAUUCAAAGACGGGUUAAGUGGUCUAUCCAAGGCUGAGGAGAGGCACUUUGAGAUUCUUGGCCGCCUUCUGUACACUGCCAAGCUGGUUGCGAAGCAAGAAGGACUCGACGACGGCUUCAGGAUUGUAAUUAACGAUGGGCCGAAAGGAUGCCAAUCAGUUUACCACAUUCAUGUGCACCUCCUCGGGGGAAGACAGAUGAACUGGCCUCCAGGCUAAAGUGUAUGAGAGUAAUAAUCUGCUUGUGCUAUCUUUUAAUAAUGGUUUAAGACAACUAAUAAGUUGCUACAUUGAAGUGACACCAUGUAGUUAAAGAUAAUCAGUGUUGAAUGUGUUUAAACUCUUUAUGUUGGAUGUAGGCUACUGCUACUACUAAGUUCCAAAGUCGUUUUCUAGAUUCUAA